CAGCAUAGGUAACUGGCUUUCAUUGUGCCUCGAAUAUUGGCUGUGUACUGGAAUAUGGGUAGUACCUCGAGUUGGGCGGCUGACAACGGCGAUUUGAGUAAUACAUAUGAGGCAAAAAAGUCUAUUGAUGUAACUAUAACGUGUUAAGCGUUCUACUGUCUAACCGACGACAGGGCACAGUUCCACGACCUUUGCCCCUGAAUAUCUGUGUUGCAGCCCAUCAAAUCGUUGUAGUUGAGAGACGUGCGCUGGUGAAUAAAGAAGAGAAAUGCAACAUGGCCUCCGCACGGAAGAAGCAAGAUGAGAAGCAUUUAAAAAUAUUACGGGAAUUAGUGUCGUUACCAGCAAACAAAGAGUGUUUUGAUUGUCAUCAGAGAGGGCCGACUUACGUGAACAUGACAAUUGGAUCAUUUGUUUGCACAUCAUGCUCGGGGAUGCUCCGCGGACUGACACCACCUCACAGGGUAAAAUCAAUGUCCAUGGCCAGUUUUACGCCUGAGGAAAUUGAUAUGGUGAAAUCGAGAGGAAAUGAGUACUGUCGGCGAGUAUGGUUGGGUUUAUUUGAUCCAAACCACUCGCAAGAUACCAAAGAUGAGCAGCAGGUCAAAGAGUUUAUGAUAGCUAAGUAUGAAAAGAAGAGAUAUUAUUUGGAGCCAUCAGUAUCAUCAAAAAAUGGUCCCAUCACUUUUUCACCACCAGGAACACAAAAUCACUCACGAACAUCAACUCCAACCCCAAUGACUUCCAUACCUGAAACUAAGCCACUUACUAAUGUCAUUUCUUCCCAAGCCAAACCAGCGUCUCUUAAUAUAAAUACAUCAAAUGUAACCUCGUCAGACAACAUGUUCACUCCUGACAAAACAUCUGGAUUUCUGGCUGACUUUGGACCCUCAGAUCCGUUCAGUUCUUCUUCGCAGUUUACACCAACCAGUACUACCACCAUACCUUCAUUUGCAAAUUUUGAAAACAAUCCAGUUUUCACUUCUCCUAGUAUGCCUACUGCAGCAGCUUUGUCAACAAUGAGUAAUAAUGUUUUCGGAAGUCCUGCGCGCAAAUCGGCAAGUUCUGUGGGUGUUGCUGGAACAAUGCAGUCCCAGCCACCGUCGGAGGAUCGAUAUGCUGCCCUUAAAGACCUAGACAGUCUGAUGAAAUCACAAGCUUCGGAUGCACAGGGGGGUGACUGGGCCACAGGUGCAUGGUCAUCUCCAAAUACGUCAACUGUCCCAGUCUCAGUAUUUGGUUCACCAUCUCAAAAUUCUCAGUUUCUCACAUCAGCCAGUGGAGUUUCUUCAUUGCCUGAACCAGCAGCGAUGCAAAACCCAUUUUCAGUUGCUGGCAUGAACCAGAAUCCUUGGGUGCCAGCAUCAAGGGAAAAUGGUUUAUCCAGCCAGCCUGCCACUUUUCAAGCAAAUCCAUUUGGAAAUGGAAGACAACCACAACAUGGAUUUGGCAUUGUGACUGAUACUUUAAAUUGGAGUGCAGGGGCAAACAGCAUGCCAAAUGGACAGGUUCCAAAUGGUGGUAUUGCUAGCUUCCAUUCUCAAGUACCUGUAGCUGCUGUGGCUUUUCCCACUAGUCAGUCUAUGAAUUUUCCAGCGAAGGCCUGGCAGCCUAUUCCACCAAGUGGAAACCCAUUUGUGCUUGGAACUAGUCCAACGCCUGCUGGCCAUUCCAGCAAUCCUUUUCUAUGAAGAACUGAAUUUAUUGUAUAACAAUUUUCUAACUAUAUUUGUAAAAGGCAACAUAUGUGAAUUUAUUUACAAAUAUGCAUCACUUUCAGUUUACCAGAAAAUAAUUAUUUGUUUGUGUGUGCAGUGAGCUGUGCUUACAGUGUAAUGAAAUACUAAUUGUUAGAUAUGCGAGGGACUUGGCUCUUAGAGAGCGCUUUUAGUUUUUUUAAUUGUAGUCUUGACUUACAGACCAAGAUCUGACGCAAGUAUAACUGCUAAAGUUGACAACAGAUUUAUAUGAAAAUACAAAAUGACGUUACAUGUAAUAUAGCUGCAAAUGUUAGUAUUUGCAUUAAUUUUCAGACCAGAUAUUUUUAAAUAUUAAUGUGUGUUUUGUACAAACACUUUACUUGUAAUUUAUAGAGUUUAUAAAUUAACUAUUUAUUUUAUGUAUGUUGUUGCACUGUGUUAGUAAAAUAUGUAAACCAAAUGUUGGAGGAAUUGUUAUUUACUCAGUCCGUAUUCAAGGAUGGAUAGUGUAAGGCGCGUGCGCGUGCGCACACACACACACACACACACACACACACACACACACACACACACACACACACACACACACAAAACUGGAUCUCUCACAUUCAGAUGUUGUGUUGGUGAGAGUUUUAUUUUAUAUUCUAGUGUAAAUCUGAAAUAUGCACUAAAAGAAUUUGUGACAUGGAUUUGUUCAGCACAGUAUGCUAUGUUUAUGGUAUUUCUCACACUGUUUCCAUUAGAUACACCUUUCUGCAAGACAGUUGUGAUGAAUAUUUGACACAUUUUUGCUGCAUGUAGCUUGAAGUUAGAAGAAAGUCUUUAGUUUGAAGUGGAUAUUCUCAUUCCAUGAACUUAAUUUCUUAUCACUGUUUUAUCUCAUAUUCUAACAUCAAUAUCUCUCUCUCUCUCUCUCUCUCUCUCUCUGUCUGUCUGUCUGUCUGUCUGUGUGUCUGUGUCUCUGUGUGAGUGUGUGUGUGUGUGUGUGUGUGUGUGUGAGAGAGAGAGAGAGAGAGAGAGAGAGAGAGAGAGAGAGAGAGAGAGAGAGAUCAUGACCAAACUUUCACAAUUGCUGCACAAAUUGUUUAUUACAAAUUUACUGGAAUAUAAUACUGUUAGUAUUGAGCACAUCUUGCACGUAUUUACGUGCUUAUUGGAAUUUUUUUCGUCUUUGUGCACAAUUUAUUUGUUGUUGGUAGUUGCUGGGGUCAAUGACUUAAAGCACAUAGGUAUAAAUACUUGUGUAAUAUUUAACUGCCAUCCAAAAUGUGAUUCAGGGGUACUGCAAAGGCCAUAUACAUUCAAAAAAUCAGUGUAGUUGCUUAUGUGACACUUAAUUGCUUGAUGUCUAAUAUGGUACUGGAGUAUUGUGUAAGUGCUUUUAACUGCUAUCUGCUCAGAAAGAAAUUUCGUUAACUGUAUGUGCUUGGAAAUUAUAAUUGAUUUUGUUUUUAGAAACAUUUCUUUUGAAAUAGCAAUAGAAGUUUAACAACUGUUCUGGGAUAGUGAGCUAAAAAAACAAAAACAAAAAAACAAAUAAAUAAAUAUCAGUUAAUUGCUUGGAGUAGUAGUGAAGUUUCACAUCUAAUUUAGAACCUCUUUAUGUAAUUUUUAUGUUUGCAAUGAUGAUGGAUAGAAGCUAUACAUUGUAUGUAUGCCUAUCUCUUUUGGCACUAUGAAUCAGUCUUGAGCACUGUGGGUUUCAGAUUUUGGUAAAUAUGCAAUCCCUCAUGUAAGACCCGUUUGGAAUAAAUAUCCAGAAUCAAAAGUGUUUCUGAACAAGGCAUUAAGGCACUAGUAAGCAUGUCUCAUUCUACCGUUUCCCACAACCACCUCCCCAAGGAGUCACGUACAUGGUUUGGUUCUUGACUCUUCUACAGUUACCACUGUAUUUAAUAACUUUGUUACAUUGUUUACAUUCAUGUUCAUGAUAACAAUAAGAGAUGAUAUUAAAGUUUUCCAUUUAUUUCUUCAAAAAUUUAUUGAAGCCCGUGAUAGACUCUGCAUCCUGUUGUCUGAAUGACCAUUUACUACCAUUAGAGUGAUAAAUUGCUUAACAGAAGUCUGAUAGGUCAUGUUGGUUACUAGUUCUUAACCAAAAUUGUAUUAUGUGCAACUUCAUUGUAUAAAUUUUUGUUAAUUUUAUCUUAUCUUUUUGCUGUGUGAUAUGAAAUAUUCAGUAACUUGCAAGACAUAAAUACUGAAUUCUUUGUCAUUGAAUGGUUUUUAUUCCUAGGGCCUUGGAUAGAAAAAAGUAAAAGAUACAUUCUGUGAUAUUUUAUAUUCGACAGUGUUUAUUGUAUUUUAAAGUUGGGUCUGUUUUACUUGGCAUAACAUCCCAUUUUACAUCAGUUGACACAUGCAGUUGAUAUGAUCUUCAUUUCUUUUCUUUACCUGUUUCAUUAUUAAGACUCCCUGUGAAAUUGUUGCUAAUGCUAGGGAUCGAUAAACAUAUUCGGUUAUUUAGAUUGUAAGGGAACAGAAUUAUUCAGUAUUGAUUGUUAAGUUUGAUAUGUAUCAAGGCCAAUUCUUUUUGCAUGCCAGUGAGGCAUAUUACUCACUGUUGACUGAAAAUCAGUUUAAAUCUGACUGAUAAUACUGUAACAUUUUGCCUUGUUUGUAAAACAGCUUGUGAGUACAGACAUGACUUUGUUUUAAAGGUCUGCUGCUGUUUCAUACAUUUAUACGAGAUAAACUGUACUUUGAAAUCUGACUCUUACUGUAUGAUGUAAUAACAAAUAUUGUAUGCAGUUAUGUUGUAUGUUUGUCAGUAGUUUUGCCACAAGACUUAAAGCUUUAGGCUAGAUCUAAAAAACAUGAACAUAAGAUUUUGUGUUGUGGUUUCUUUUUGAUAAUAGGUACUGACAAUGUUUCUAUAUGGAGACAGCAGUAGGCUUUUUAUUACUUGUUAAAAAAGAUAUGACAUAGCACAUUAAAAAAGUAAGGUUUUUCAAGUGUAUAUUUCUGUGAUAUUAUUUUUAUCUGGAACGACAAAUUAUUUUUGAAUAAAAAAUGAUGAAAUUUU